AUGGCUUCUCUGUCGCUUGAGUCACACACAGUAAGUUUAUUUCCACUCAUCAAAUUCCGGCUUCCUCAAUCCCGAACUACAGGGGAUUACCAUCUGAAGCCAUACGUCAGCUCCGAUCCCGAACUUACGGUGACCGGUCGCACCGAGAAGGAUGAGUUCCUGAUACUAGCAAGCGACGGGCUGUGGGAUGUCAUAUCGAGCGAGAUGGCAUGCUGGGUGAUCGGGAAAUGCCUCGAGGUCUUGGCAUCCGAUGGUUAUCCGUGUGGAGUGGCUAAUUUUGCUGCUAAAGAAGCAGCUGCUGUGUUGGUCAGGCUUGCCAUCUCUCGGGGCAGCGUAGACAACAUCAGUGUGGUGGUGGUAAAGCUCUAA